AUGGCUCCAGGGGCAGACAAAGGAGGAGAAGAUGGCAACGCGCUGGUGCCUAUCUCAAUGGCAUAUCUGAAAAAGACAUUGUUACAGGCAAUGAAACCUGUGUUGUCUGAGCUAGCUGACAUUGAGACAGAGAUCAGCUAUGGAGCCACCGAACACUCAUUAUCCGAUAGAUUCCUCUAUCCACAUGUCUUCAGAACUGUCCAGAAUCACCACAUCCACAAUAUGGUCGUCACCAAACUGUUGGAGCACUUUGGCUGGACCUGGGUUGGGAUUUUAGUGUCGGAUGAUGAUACUGGAGAGAAUGAACUGCAAAUACUGACAAAGUACAUGAGAGAGCACGGGAUCUGUGCCGCCUUCACCAUAAAACUUACAGAACAGAAUGUCAAUAACAAUGAGCGGAUGUUACAAGUUUUGAAGAAUCCACAAAUCAAUAUCAUUAUAAUGUGUGGGAGCUUAUCUCUCAAUGGAGUUCGAUUACUAGAAAACCACUCAUCUGUAUUUAUAGACACAAUCUUUAUCCUUCCACCAUCCUGGGCUUCCAGUAACUUCAUUCUAGAAUAUCAGUACCCAGAACUGAAUGGAAGUCUAGCAGUUGAAUUUUCAUCAGAAACUUUUCCAGGAGAGGAAGAAUUGAUCCCGGUAUCCCGCUGCUCAGACCCAUGUUUACCUGGAAGCCGGAAAAUGGCGAGACCGACAAUUCACACCUGCUGCUAUGACUGCGUCCCAUGUUCAGAAGAAGAGAUAUCCAAUAUAACCGAUUCUGACAACUGCAUUAAAUGCCAAAGUGAUGAAUGGCCUAAUGAGAAGAGAGACCGAUGCCGGCCCAAAGUAGUGGAAUUCAUCUCUUACCAGAAUGACACCAUUGCUUCUGUCUUCUCCUGUGUCUCGGUCUUCGGAUGUCUUGUGACCGGCUUCAUAUUUGGAAUAUUCAUUUCCCAUCGAGACACUCCUAUUGUUAAAGCCAAUAACCGGAACCUGAGUUAUCUCCUCCUGGUCUCCAUCAUCCUCAGCUUCCUCUCUGUCUUCUUGUUUCUGGGUCGUCCCAAUGAUGUGACUUGUAGAUUACGUGAAACCAGUUUUGGAAUCUUCUUCUCAGUAGCCGUCUCUUCACUUCUCGCCAAGACUGUGAUGGUUUGUGUUGCUUUUAAGUCCACCAAGCCUGGAAGCCCUUGGAGAAAAUGGCUCAGUGUGAAACUACCAUAUACCAUAGUGUCAUUGUGUUCAUCCUUUCAAGCUGUAAUCUGUAUUAUUUGGUUGUCUAUUUCUCCUCCAUUUCAGGACCUGGACACUGACUCUUAUCCUGGGAAGAUCAUCAUUCAAUGUAAUGAAGGCUCAGAUAUCUGGUUCUACUCCAUGUUGGGUUAUCUGGGGCUCCUGGCAGGUGUGAGCCUUGUUCUGGCUUUCAUGGUGAGGACAUUACCGGACAGUUUUAAUGAGGCCAAGUACAUCACCUUCAGCAUGCUGGUGUUCUGCAGCGUCUGGAUCUCCAUGAUCCCGGCUUAUCUGAGCACCAGGGGAAAGAACAUGGUGGCUGUGGAGAUAUUUGCAGUAAUGGCUUCCAGUGCUGGACUUUUAAGUUGUGUAUUUUUCCCAAAAUGUUUUAUUAUUUUGUUUAAAUCUGAAAUGAACAGAAAAGCUGACCUGCUGGGGAAAAGAAAGAACUGA